UCAUGCCCCCCUCAGCCGGUGAGUGCUCCUUUAACUUAACCGGGAGGAGCCAGGAUCUCGGUGCCCCGCCUUUCCUUCCGUCUCUUAGGAAGGGCUCCAUCCUGGAGUCUGCUGGGAGGACUGGGUUUCUGUUUGUGGCUUAAGUCACCGGCUUUAUUUUUACUCCCGCCUCUCUGUUGUGGUAAACAGCAGGUGUACCCCCUUCCCGCCGGCUGACCGGACAUUCUUAGGAUAACCAACGUGGACCGUGCUGGGACGCUGCUUUAGUGGGGUGAUUGUGAAGUGCGUCACCCCCCCCCCCCCCCCCUGUACCGCCUUCGUCCGGAUUAUGGCCGUUUCUGGCGAGCCUAUCUCUGUUGACCGGUCACGGCUUGGAUUGAUGUGCCCCUUGCUGUGAGGAUUAGAAGUUCGAGUCUCGUUUGUGGAGAAAAUUGGAGACUUUUACUUUGUUUAGUCGAGACGGAUCCUUUUGUUGGGAUAUAAACACCGUAUUCUGGGAUUGUUUCUGUACUGACAGAAAUACAGCAGAGAUGGGAAUGGCUGGAAGAGACUAUGACCAUCUGUUUAAACUUCUUAUCAUCGGCGACUCUGGAGUUGGAAAAAGCAGCCUUCUGCUACGAUUUGCAGACAACACGUUUUCAGGUAGUUACAUCACCACAAUUGGUGUUGAUUUCAAAAUUCGGACAGUAGAUAUAAAUGGAGAGAAGGUGAAACUGCAGAUAUGGGACACUGCUGGUCAGGAGCGGUUCCGCACGAUCACAUCAACGUACUACAGGAAUACACAUGGGGUCAUUGUUGUCUACGAUGUUACUAAUCCUGAAUCCUUUGUGAAUGUGAAACGUUGGCUACAUGAGAUCGGACAGAACUGUGACAGCGUGUGCAAGAUCUUGGUUGGCAAUAAAAAUGAUGAUCCGACAAGGAAGCAAGUGGAAACUGCAGAUGCAAGGCGAUUCAGUGAGCAGAUGGGGAUACGCUUCUUUGAAACCAGUGCCAAGGAAAACGUGAAUGUCGAGGAGAUGUUCAGUUCGAUCACGCAUAUGGUUCUGAAAGCCAAGAAGGACAAUCUCGCCCGCCUGCAACAGCAGCAGAAUGAAGUUGUUAAGAUCAACAAACCAAAAAGCAAGAAACCAGGUGUGAAGAAAUGUUGCUGAGGGUAAAAUGACAAGGUUUCUUAUCCAAGAUGCUGUGAGGAAUAAAAAUACUUGUCGUCCUGCCUGGAAGACUGAAUUAUGUAAACCAUCAUGCUUUGGAAGAAGACUUUUCUUUCAGAAUGACUUGCUAAGGGGGAAGAAGAUUUCUUCCCAUGUGACUGGAACUGUGGUGGCUGUUAACAUUUGCGCACCUUUUACCACUAUUUCGUAAGACGUGGAGUAGAGAAGUGGAUUUUUUGCACAUGAUUUUGCCUUUCAGGCAGUUGUGUUUCUCAUACAACCACCUUCUUUCUCUUCCUCGUGUGUUAAAAAUUCUAUAUUGAUGUGUAACAGAACCUGUUGCUAUAAAUUGUAUAAACCAGAGUAUUGCUGUCUGCUGUUUGAACCGAUCUUGAUGGAAGCUUUGAGUCUGAGAUCAGGGCUGGAGAUCUAACUUGUUGGCUGCUUCUAUCCCCAGAAGUGGUGGAUGACCAUCUGAUCUCCCUAAACUGUAAUCCGGUUUGGAGUUCUUUGACUGGCUUAGACAUGAAUUGACUUCCUAACACUGACAGUUAUGAGCCCUGUAGCUUUGCUGCAGGUUUUAUUUUUUUAAUUUAACCAGCAGUACUUUCAGAGCAAUAUAUAGAAUUAUGUACAUAUAUGCAUUCAUAGUUUUCAUCCAAAGUACAUUUUUAAGUGAUUCUAUCGCCUGCUUUGCCUUUUCCUCACAUUUCUUGUCUGUUAAGUGAGCACUAGUAAAGAGCUUGCACGACUGAUCUUCAGGUGAGCUGAAAUGCGGGAAUGAUCUUCAGGUGUGAUGAAAUGUAAGCAGCAGUUUGUUUCAUAAGUUUGUGUGAAGAUCUAGUUAAGUGGGGUAUCCGAGUUGAUUAGGGUGUGUCUCUCUCUCUCCACUGCUUAAUUUUGAGCUUUUGUACGUUCGAAUACUUUUUCGCAUUACAUUUUCAUUCCAUUGUUACAUUUGUUUGAUCUAGUCACGCUUAAUUUUUUGCCUGAGCAGAUUUGUCACCACCCCCAUCUGACACACACCCCCAUCUGACACUUCUGAGGAAUAUUUUGCUGCUUUUUCUGACCCUGAGAUGUCCGGAAGGCACUCUACGGAGUUGGAUUUCAAGAAAAACAUUCAAAAGUAACUUGCUUGUGCCUUCAUUUGUAAAAGAGCUCAUGUUUUUGACCAGGAGCAGAGUUUGGCACGUGGAGCCCUAAAGCUGUGAAACAGCUUCUGUAAAGUCAUUUUUCAGUAUAUUUUUUAUAAUGUGUAGUAUUUAUUCUAAUAAAUUCCUGUCAACCAUUUUUUUUUAAACAUCUCA